GGUUUUGCCUUUAAAAAAAAAAGGGGUGCUGCUGUCCUGCGGAUUCUUGCACUUUCUUGGUGAUUCCGCUUCCAAUUUCCACAAAUUUUUAUCAUUCCGUUUCUGCUCUAAAAACUCUACUAUUUUUAUGAAUUUUCCUUGCCGUUUUCGUCAAGAAUUCAUCUAGGAAAUAUCCACUACUUUUCUUGCCUAAAUUGGUUGCUAGCUUUGAUUGUUGCUCUUCGUUAAAAUUUUGGCUUUGUACUCCAACUGUUAGGCAAGAUUAAGGCUGCUGUUUUGGGUCCUUUCUGCCUCAUAUCCGGGCUGUUACAACCUGGUUUCUUGGUUUGGAUUCUCUUGGUAUUAGGUUCUGAUCAUACUCACCACCUUAGCUCUUGGUUCUGCAUGAUUUUAACUUCUUAUCUUGUGAGGUAAGUAAAUUUUAUGGUUUCACCCUUAGUUUUAAACUAAACUUUAAAAGCAUGACUUUGGACUACUUUGAGAUGGUUAAACCCGUUUUAUAUAAAUUGCAUGACAUGAUAGUGAUUUUGGACAUUUGGUUUUAUAUAUUUUUUAGAACUUAAGCGUGCCAUUAAUUUAUACAUUAUUUGCUAGCGAUGCCAUAUUACCUGUCUUAAGAUAUAUGCUGAUUUAGAAAGAAAUAUGAUUUAUACAUCUUGCAUGAUUUUAUUUCUGACAUGGUCAAGUGCUCAUCAAGGAGGUUUCUAAACACUGGCCAUGUCAACAUGUUAUAUGUGAAUCAGUUCAUUUCUAUCAUUUUUGUAUCUUGGUAAUUUCUGUGCCUACCAGUGAGAGGAAUUAAAUGCUGGCCAUGACCUUAGAGGAGAUCACAUAUUGAUUUUCCACACGUGGCAUUCUGUUUCACUUUCUGAUAUAUGUAUUUUCAAGGAUCUAUUAUUUGGCAUGCUUUCUCAUAAAUAAAAUAAAAGGGUUUUUCAUAGUUUACUUAACGGGAAUUUAUCUUACAUUUCUCCUUUUCUACCAUUUCAGAUAACAAGUUUAGAGACAUGGGGAUCAAGGCAUGUGAUGCUUUAUGGCUAAUUGAUUUGGAUAGAUAUUGAGCUAAGGUUUAGACUCGACAUUAUGACAAUUUAGAAUAAUUAAGAACAUUUUACAUUAUGAUGACCUAGAAGUUAUUGAAGGGUUUAUAGUACAGUUAAUCAAAUUAAGAAUUAUAAACAAAUUAUUAGUCCGCAUGAUACAUAAAAAUUAGAAAAAAUCACAAAGAUUUCACAAGCGCAAAAUCCUCCAAAAGUUCACACAUGAUGCCUCAAUUCUGUCUCCUAAAGAAGUGAUUGCUUCUCCUCCCACUAGGGAAGUGCAGUCAUCCCAGCACUGCUUGUUAUAGAUGGAAUAGAGAACUCACAUGAAU